ACAAGUCUUGGCCAUUGCUCUCUAGUCUCUCUAUCUGUUCGACUCUGAUCAUAUAAUAUCUCUAUACACAAAUACAAAAAUUCAAUUCAUAACAACACCAUGGCAACUACCAUUGCUCUGUUUUCCUUUCUGCUAUUAUUAAGUUUUGCGGUUGCUACUGUUUCUGUUACGCCAUCACAGUACAAUGCCACCGUCCAUUUCUUGCUCAACUGUGGCGCAUCAUCAGACGCCACAGACGAAGAUGACCGUCUAUGGAAUACUGAUAUCCACAUCACAAAUCUCUUACCAUCCAACUUUGCAGCCAUAUCCACACCAGCCGUAGCUUCUGAACAAGGCUCUGUCACUACAGUCCCUUAUAUGAAUGCUCGUAUUUUCAAAUCUCAGUUCACCUACACUUUCCCUGUUUCCCCUGGCACCAAAUUCCUUCGUCUCUAUUUUCACCCAGCCGAUUACUCUGACGGCCGCUUCAAUAAAUCUGAAUCCUUUUUCUCUGUUACUGCUAAUCAUGUCACUCUCUUGAGUAACUUCAGCGCUUUCCUCACUGCCUCUGCUAGUGACGAUGAUGAGUCUAGUCAAGCAAUUCGAAAAGAAUACGUCAUCAAUGUUGAUGAAAGUCAGAGACUAAAUAUUACUUUUUCUCCUUCACCAAACUCUUAUGCUUUUGUUAAUGGGAUUGAGAUUGUUUCCAUGCCAACUGAUCUUUACAUCCGCGGAGACGAAUACGGCAUCAAAUUGGUACAGGGGCAGAAUAAUUUUUAUUACAUCAAUAAUAGCACUGCUCUUGAAACUUUGUACAGACUGAACGUGGGAGGCAAUUUGGUUUCAAGCAAAGAGGAUACAGGGAUGUAUCGUAUGUGGGCUGCAGAUCAGAAUUUUGUUGUUGGACUUGGUUUUCAAACUCCACAUUUAGAUGUCAACAUCUCUUACACUUCUCAAACCCCGGCUUAUACUGCGCCAACCAUAGUUUACACAACCUCUAGGACAAUGGCCAAUUACAGCCAAAGCCUGGAUUGGAUAUUCCCAUUGGAUUCUGGGUUCUACUAUCUGUUCAGGCUCCAUUUUUGUGAGUUUCAGCUGGAAAUUAAGGAUGCGAAUUAUCGGGUUUUUGAUAUAUCCAUUGGAAACCAAACGGCAGAGAAAUUGGCUGAUGUGAUACUAUGGAGCGGCGGCUCGGGAGUCCCGGUUUAUAGAGACUACGUGGUGUAUGUGAGAGACACAGAUGGCCGGCGAAGCAAGGAAGAUGUAUGGCUUGAAUUGCGCCCUAACAUGGAAACAAAAGCUGCCUAUGCUAAUGCUAUCUUAAAUGGCUUAGAAAUUUUCAAAUUGAAUGACACAAUUGGAAAUCUGGCUGUGCCAAAUCCUGAAUUGCACUUACAAGUUCCGAUCAAUUCACCACCAAUCAAAAAAGAGAAAAAAUCAUCGCAUACUGUUAUUUAUGUCAUUGCAGGUGUGAUUAGCGCAUUAGCUGUUUUCUCAAUUCUGGGGUUUUUUAUUUUCCGGCGACGGAAAAGUGGGAAAGAUUCCGGUGGAAGCGUUACAAAGACAUCGUGUAUGUCAAUUACGUCGGAGUCAACUCAAAAGACCGGCCGCUCAGGUUCAUCAACGCUACCGUCCGAUUUGUGCAGACACUUUUUAUUAGAUGAGAUUAAAGCCGCAACAGGCAAUUUUGAUGACAAUUUUGUGAUAGGCUAUGGAGGUUUUGGUAAUGUGUAUAAAGGGUACAUAGACAAUGGUACAACCAUUGUUGCAGUCAAGAGACUGAAUCCUUCGUCAAAGCAAGGAGCUCGCGAGUUCCAAACAGAGAUUGAGAUGCUAUCGAAGCUAAGGCAUUUGCAUCUGGUGUCCUUGAUUGGUUAUUGUGAUGAUAACUAUGAGAUGAUCUUGGUUUAUGAUUACAUGACUCAUGGAACCCUACGUCAUCACUUGUACAGAUCUAAUAAUGUUCCUCUUCCAUGGAAGAAACGCCUUGAGAUUUGUAUUGGCGCAGCAAAAGGAUUGUGUUAUCUCCAUACAGGUACAAAGCACACGAUCAUUCACCGAGAUGUCAAGUCGACUAACAUUUUAUUGGACGAUAAAUGGGUCGCCAAGGUGUCAGAUUUUGGAUUGUCCAAAGUAGGUCCACUUGGUGGGACAGAUAUUACUCACGUUAGCACGGCAGUAAAAGGAAGUUUUGGGUACUUAGAUCCUGAAUACUACAAGCGACAACAAUUGACAGAAAAAUCAGAUGUGUAUUCCUUUGGAGUGGUACUAUUUGAAGUGUUGUGCGCUAGGCCAGCAAUAAUUCAAAACUUGCCAAAAGGCCAAGUGAAUUUGGCUGAUUGGGCUUGUAGGUGCUAUAGAAAAGGGAAUCUUGAUCAGAUAAUUGAUCCUUGUUUGGAAGGACAAAUUGCACCAGAGUGUUUAAGCAAGUUUGCAGAAGUAGCAUAUAGUUGUUUGAAGGAUCAAGGGGUCCAAAGGCCACCAAUGAGUGAUAUUGUGUGGACUUUAGAAUUUGCAUUACAACUUCAAGAAGCUGCAGAUAAUAGAGGUCACACAGUGGAAGGGUACAGUUACCCGGCUAGCCCGUCUCUCCUCUUGAUUUUGAAUGAUCAAACCAAUACAUCGACAGAUGAAAGUGAGGCUUUUUCAGGUUCAGGUGAAGUUGGAGGCAAGUUGACAAGCAGUGGUACCUCCAUGACUAGUAGUAGUGAAAAAUUGAAGAGCGACACCAUUUUCUCUGAGAUUCGAAAUCCAUCAGGCCGAUGAGAUUGUUAUGACUAGCGCGAUAAGUUACAUGUUAGCACGUUCUUCUUGAAGAUGAGGCUUUUUUCAGGUUCAGGUGAUCAAGUUAGUAUCCAACUCGAAAAGUAGUGAGAUCCUGAAUCCAUCUGGUCGAUGAAAUUGCAACAAACAGUAUGAUAAGUUAAAUAUUAGCUCCUUAUUUUUCUGAAUUAAUUUCCUUAUAAUAUCACUGAAUUGUAGCGAAUAUUUUGGAAGUACAUAGCUACUAUAAAGUUUUACUA